GUUGCUGUUUUGUGGUAUGAAGCACUACAGUUGUGGUUUCAUCAGUGCAAACUUGGACCAGUGAUUAGGCAACAUGAAGGUCGCUUCUUUCAACAUUCAGAAAUUUGGGAAAAGCAAACUCUCUGAUCCAAUCGUGCUGAAAACCCUGGUUAAGAUAGUGUCACGCUAUGACAUCGUUGUUAUUCUUGAGGUGGUGGAUUCCAGCGGAGAUGCUGUGAAUAAGUUUCUCGAAGAGCUCAAUGGGUGUAACAAAUCAAAUCAUUACACCAAAGCAAUCAGCACACGCCUGGGACGGGGAAAUUACAAGGAACAAUUUAUGUUCCUUUACAGGGACAACCUGGUGGACUUGGUUGGGUCUUACCAAUACGCAGACAAACAGCCUGGAGACGAGGACGCUUUCGCCAGGGAACCCUACGUUCUGAGGUUCAAAUGUCAUGGGACAGUUAUGAAGGAUUUGGUGCUCAUACCUGUCCACACAAAGCCUGAGGAUUCAGUAAAGGAACUGGAUGAACUGUACGACGUAUUUGAAGAUGUGAAGAAGAAAUGGAAGACUGAUAACAUCAUGAUUUUGGGGGACUUCAAUGCGGAUGGCAGUUACGUGUCUAAAAAGGAAAUGCAGACAAUCCGCAUCCGGAGUGACAAAAACUUCCACUGGCUGAUCGAUGAUGAUGAGGACACAACGGCCAGCAUCAAAAACGAUAAUACUUAUGACCGGAUUGUGGUGUACGGAGACGAUAUGCGGAACGCUGUUGUUCCAGAUUCUGCAAAACCGUUCAACUUCCAGAAGGCCUACAAAAUAAAAGUGGAGGAUGCGCUGAAAGUGAGUGAUCACUACCCAGUAGAGGUGGAACUCAAGAAACAGCCAAAACGCAAACGUAAAUAGACACGUUAAAGAUGCUGGACGUGUGCAGUGUGACAUCGACUCCAAAGACAAUUUGGAGAGCCAAACACACAGUGGCCGCAUUAAGCAUUUUAAUCGCAUUAAAUAUAAAUUAUUACAAAUUAUGCAUUGACUUUUAACCAACUGCUUCCUCACAGGUGUAGUUCAUCACAUUAACUAUGGAAACGUUUCAGAACAUUUUACAAACAUAAAAGUAUCAAUAUUGUUUCUUCUACUUUUGUACAGUUUUAUCAUUUCAAUCAUAUUUUUGUUCGUUGUAAUAUGCGCAAAGACAAUUUUACAUGUGACUUGUAUAACAUGCCCCGAUACUUUCUGGGGCUACUGUAGAUGGAAAUAUUGGAGAAGAUUUCUGUGAUUCAACUGUUUAUUUACAUGAGACAGAAUAUUGAAACUUGAUGUUUGUACAUUUCAUCUAUUUUUGCUAUGAACUUAAAAUGUCAUAAGAAUGUUUUAUGUGUCAAGACAUUAAAAGAUCUGAAAUUGAACUCUACAGUCAUGGAAUAUUUUAUUAGUGAACAUUCGCUUUACAAUAGUGAUAUGAAGUAAAAAAUAAAGGUCAUUUGACGUUGCUUCUAAAGGCCUACAUGACGAUCAGAUGGUGGUUUGAUCGGAUGGUGUUCCCAAGCAUGUUCAAAA